GAGCUUCCACCUCCCAGUCGCAUUUGUACAUUCAUCGUGUCAACAAUUCCCAUCAGAGUGUUCGCUCGAUCACAGAUUCGAAGCGCGAUCGAAGCUUUUCAUUGAGGAAAAAAAAAUAUCCCCACACUUCAGUUCAAAAGCAUUUGCCGUUCAAGAGUUCCAUCUUGCUCAAUACUCAAAGAUUUUAAUUUGACUCUUCAUCGAGCAAUCUCAAGGAGAAAAGCACAAUUUUGCUACACGGCACAAGCUUUCAAAUAAACGUGAGUGUUUUUUAUUCCGUGUAGUUCAGGUGAGAAAUUACAAUUCUAUGCUUUACAAUAGAAUUAUUAAACAGCAAAUAAAUUAAACAUCUGUAAUUUUGCUAAUAAGCUGCGAGUUAUUGACAAAAACUCCAAGAAGAUGAUGAUGAAGUGACGCGAGACAGUUUUUUGAGAUUUUUCAUCAAUUUGGAAAAUAAGGAAAAUCAUGGGAAAAUCUUCCUACAAUGUAUCUGAGUUCAAAAAGGGUGAAAAAAGUGCUGGAUCAGUGGAGGAAGUGAGCAAAUUCCGAAGGUAUCUCCCACAGAUCCUUGCGAGUACAGCUAAGAAUUUUCUCCUUCUGGACCUCGGACUCAGUGUUGCCUUCCCUACGAUUGUAAUCCCAGCCCUGCGUGGAACGCUGGAAAAUUUGGAUCCAACGGAAAACCUCGCGAUUACCGAAGUUGAAGCAUCAUGGCUGGGAUCGAUCGCGUUCAUUUGCCAACCCGUUGGGAGUGUUUUGUCGGGAUGGGUUACUGAACCGCUAGGACGGAAGCUGUCAAUGAUUCUCGUCAAUAUUCCCCAUAUUAUUGCCUGGAUCAUGCUCUACUAUGCAAAUUCACUCCCUGAACUGUAUACAGCUGCUGUUCUUCUGGGUCUGGGUGUGGGUUUCAUGGAAGCCCCUAUUAUCACCUACGUCGGAGAGAUAUCAGAACCGUCUAUUCGGGGAAUUCUAACUUCCUGUGCGGGAGUCUCCGUAAUGAUGGGUAUUUUCAUAGUUUACUUCUUGGGAACAGUGGUCACAUGGCGAGUAGCAGCUCUAAUAUGUCUAGCUGUGCCCCUAUCCACCCUCAUUGCCAUUUGCUUUGUGCCUGAGACUCCGUUGUGGCUGCUCUCAAAGGGAAAAGUUGAGGAAGCUGAGAAAUCCCUUCAGUGGCUCCGAGGAUGGGUGAGCCCAGCAGCUGUGCAGGAUGAAUUCAAGGAUCUGCAGCAGUAUUCAGUCAACAGCAACAAAUGCGCACCUUGCCAGAAGAAGGGAGUAACUUGCACUCAUCCACCGGAGACUCUCCUUCAGCGUGGGAAGGAACUUUUCCGGCAUCGUACAUUGAAGCCAUUUGCCCUUGUUAUGGCCUUAUUCUUCUUUCUCAAUUUCACCGGAUCUGCCUCAAUGCGUCCCUUUAUGGUACAGAUCUUCCAAGCCUACGGGACACCCAUAGAUGGAAGUCGUGGCAUUGUAAUUAUGGGCCUGGUAGGCAUCAUUGCGAAUAUCAUUAUGUUGAUCCUGGUGAGGAAGUUGGGAAAACGCGGAGUCUAUCUUAUAUCCAUGGCUGGAACAACUAUUGCAUGUCUUGGGCUGGCAUUCUACGCAUCUACUGUCCUUCCGUCCGAUUGGAGUUCCUUCGAUAAGCAUCUUGAUUCAGAAUUCGCCGGUACAGGAACCUUCCCGAUGAUCAUGUUCUUCCUCAUGUCAUUCUUUUCGAGUUUUGGAAUCUCCGCCAUCCCAUGGAUGUUACUCAGCGAAGUCUUCCCAUUCAAAUCCCGCGGUAUGGCUACGGGAAUAACGGCCGCCCUGAACUACAUCAUGGCCUUCCUGACCACCAAAACCUAUCUAAAUGUAGAGCACAGCUUGGGACUGGAUGGAGCAGCCUGGUUGUAUGGAUGUAUAGGUGUUGUGGGAUUCGCAUUUACCUGGUUCUGCCUUCCGGAGACGGAGAAGCGAACACUCGAGGAGAUUGAGAUGCAUUUCUCAGCUAAAGGGCAGAAAUUUACAAAAACCAACAUCCAGAAAAAGCUUCCGGAAGCACCGGUUGAAGUGAAAAUUGAAGGAAAGAUUGCGAACAGUAUGACGGCAUCAGUUGAGAAUAUGGGCUGUGAUAAUAGAGGGUUUGAGAGGUGAUCCAAAAGGGGGGAUAAGAUCUGUACAUUUAAAUACAACUAUCAUUCGCUCGGAGAUAUGUUCUGGGCAGCACA